CCGCUCGCUGCACCAAGACCGCAAGAUGCUGAGCAAGACAAUGCAGCGCUCGGGUUCUUCUUCACCGAUCCGCAAAACGCUGCUGCAGCGCGCCUUCGCCACUUCCGGAGGCGAUGGCCCCAAGGCCGCCGACGGCGUGCGCAUCAACCGCUACAGCGCCACCGUCACGCAGCCCAAGGCGCGCGGCGCCUCGCAGGCCAUGCUGUACGCCACCGGCAUGACAGAGGAAGACAUGGACAAACCCCAGGUGGGUAUCGCCUCCAUGUGGUGGGGAGGGGAAACCCUAUGGGGCACAGACGGUAUGAGCUACAGUCUGCAGUCGCGAGACUUGAUUGCCGACUCGAUCGAGACGGUCAUGGGUGGUCAAUGGUACGACGCGAACAUUUGCAUCCCUGGUUGCGACAAGAAUAUGCCUGGGUGUGUGAUCGCCAUGGCGCGUGUGAACCGUCCAUCUUUGAUGGUGUACGGUGGCACGAUCCGUGCUGGUUGCAGCUCUAAGGGCGAGACCUUGGACGUCGUCUCGGCCUUCCAGGCGUACGGCGAGUACAUUGCCGGACGUAUCACAGAGGAGGAGCGUCAUGAUAUCAUCCGUCACGCCUGCCCUGGUGCUGGUGCCUGCGGUGGCAUGUACACUGCCAACACGAUGGCUACAGCCAUCGAGACGCUGGGUCUGAGUCUGCCGUUCUCGUCCAGUUUCCCGGCUGACUCGCCCGAGAAACAGAACGAGUGCCUCCAAGCCGGUGAGGCGAUCAAGGUGCUUCUGGAAAAGGAUAUCAAGCCACUUGACAUCUUGAGCCGAGAAGCCUUCGAGAACGCCAUCACGGUUACCAUGGCUCUAGGUGGCUCCACCAACGCUGUGCUCCACUUGAUCGCUAUUGCUCGUGCUGCGAACAUCCCGCUGUCUAUUAACGACUUUGAGAGGAUCAGUGAGCGCGUGCCUUUCUUGGCCGACCUCAAGCCCAGUGGUAAGUUCGUGAUGGAGGACAUCCACCGCGUGGGUGGCACGCCUGCCGUGCUGAAGUACCUGAUGACCCAGGGCUACAUUAACGGCGACUGCCUCACUGUGACGGGCAAGACACUGGCGGAGAACCUUGAGAAGGUGGCUGACCUCUCUGACAACCACGAGAUUAUUCACCCUGUGGACCGCCCGCUCAAGUCUAGCGGCCACCUGCGUAUCCUGCGUGGUGACCUGGCUCCGGAGGGCUCGGUUGCCAAAAUUACCGGUAAGGAGGGGCUUGUCUUCACUGGUACGGCUAAGGUGUACGACUGCGAAGAAGACAUGAUGGCUGGUCUGGAGAAGGGCGAGAUCACGAAGGGAAGCGUCGUUAUUAUCCGAUACGAAGGCCCCAAGGGUGGCCCUGGCAUGCCGGAGAUGCUUGCUCCUACGUCGGCGAUCAUGGGAGCUGGCCUCGGCAAGGACGUUGCCAUGCUCACGGACGGCCGCUUCUCCGGUGGUUCGCAUGGUUUCAUCAUCGGUCACAUCACUCCUGAGGCUCAGGUUGGUGGCCCCAUUGCUCUAGUGAAGAACGGUGACAAGAUCACGGUCGACGCCGAGCAGAAUCGCAUCGAUCUGAUAAACGUGACGGCCGAGGAGCUGGCUCAGCGUAAGAAGGAGUGGGUUGCUCCUCCGCUCAAGGCCACUCGCGGUACUCUGUACAAGUUCAUCAAGAACGUCAAGUCUGCUUCGGAGGGCUGCGUCACCGACGAGUAA